AUGAAAAUGCAUCGUGAAGAGUUUGAUAUGUUUGUUCAGGAAGUAAAUCAAUAUGUUUAUGAGUUAACAAACCAGUCAAAAAGCCAUAGUAAGUUGAAGAACUUUGAAUUGGCAAUAUUAAGCAUUGAACUUUUGAUCAUGCAAAAAAUGAAAAAAAUGUGCAAAGCUUAUGUUACUGGAUUACUGGAUGUUGGUGUUGCAAAAAGGGAUGAUGUCAUUGAUUUACACGUCGUUAUAGGUGACAAUUAUUACAAAAAAUCGGAUCCUGAAAGAGAUUAUGCAAUCAUUGGAGUCAUACGAGACAUUUUGGACUUAAGUGAUCAUUGGAGAGUGUUGAGAAUUUCCGACGAAUCAUCGAUUGAAUGCGAAUGUUAUUUAACCAAUCAAAUAUUUUUACUGAGCAUUGGAAAUGGUUUGAAAAUUGAGCAGUAUAAACUUUUAAAACAUAUUUUCUCUAUUCAGCCAGAAGCCAUAACUUUCUAUCAUUUUAUCCGGCACUGGAUUAUUGAGAAAUCUGUUUGCACAAUUGAUCCAAAGCAUCUUCUAUUGCUGGUUGUAUUUUUCCUCCAAAAAUACGGAUAUGUGCCAUCAUUAUUUGAUGUCUUUCUUAAUGUUCCGAAGGUCACUAUUGACGAUUAUCAGGUUCAAUUUGACCAACAUCGCAACUUUUAUGACUACAAUCUCAAACGAAUGGAAUAUUAUCGGAAACACGUCCUCAAAUUUUUCAACUAUUACCGCUCCUUUGAUUUCUACUACCAUAUCCUGAAUUUACAUCGGGGAUAUACAAUUGGACUAAAAAAAUAUUGGCGUUAUUUGAAUAACACGGCUGCAUUAAACAUUAUAUUUGUGGAACUUGAGAACAACUUUGCACCUAACACAAAAUUCUACCAACUUACUGACUUCACACGAAUUUGUGAUGUUUCAUUCAAGCUAUUUGAUGAUUUUUAA